CAGUUUCACGCUAGUAUUAUUCCGAGCGCAGCGAGCAAGGAGAGCUCAAUAGCCAGCACCUUUCGAUUGCGAUCGCGUCGUCCCACCAACCAUCCACCGCUAAAAGUUGUGCAAAUUUAAAACAUCGCCGCAGAUUACCCACUGCUACCGAUUGUAAACAAUUGAAUUGUGAUUAAACACAGUGCGCAAAAUAAAAAUAAAGUGUUUUUAAACUUUUGAUUAUUUGGAAACAAAAAAAGUUGAAGUUUGUGAAAGUGUUUUUGCAAAGUUUGAAACUUUAUGCAGAUUUAUCUGUGUGCAUCAUUUUGACUAAUUGAGUCAAUGAAUUAAGAAGAAGUGGAGUGGACCAUACCGAAAAUGGUAGGAUUCUACAACGAGACGGUCAUUCCGAUCCAACUGUCGUCGACUGUGGCCGAUGAAGAGUUAGUCAAACGCCUCUUCUGCAGUCCAGAUCUACCGAUACCUUCCGGUUUACCUCAAAACGCACCUCCAGCGAUUCGUCCCUUGGCAUCAUCCCCGAGCUCGACUUCCUCCGAAGGCAACCUGCAGUGCACGCUGUGUGACAAAAUGUUCUCGAGCAAAUCAUCCUACCAAGCGCAUCAGCGUACACACGCGAAGGAAACCGAAGAUCCUUACCGGUGCAACAUCUGCUCGAAAACCUUCGCGGUGCCCGCUCGUUUAACACGUCAUUACCGAACACACACCGGCGAGAAACCUUUCCGAUGUGAGUUCUGCAACAAGUCCUUCAGCGUCAAAGAGAACCUCAGCGUACACCGGCGCAUUCACACCAAGGAGCGUCCGUAUAAAUGUGAUGUGUGCUCGCGCGCCUUCGAGCACUCUGGCAAACUGCAUCGUCACAUGCGCAUCCACACUGGCGAACGUCCGCACAAGUGCACCGUAUGCGCAAAGACCUUUAUACAAUCCGGUCAGUUGGUCAUCCACAUGCGUACGCACACUGGUGAGAAGCCCUACGUAUGCACUGUGUGCCAAAAAGGUUUUACCUGCAGUAAACAACUCAAAGUCCACAGCCGUACGCACACAGGAGAAAAACCAUACUCCUGUGAGAUAUGCGGUAAGAGUUUCGGUUACAAUCAUGUCCUGAAACUCCACCAGGUGGCGCACUACGGUGAGAAAGUUUACAAAUGUACAAUUUGUAAUGAUACCUUCACGUCCAAGAAAAACAUGGAGGCGCACAUCAAGAGUCAUUCCGAGAAUUCCGCACCUGCAGUGAGUGCAAGUCCAUCCCCACCACCAGUUGUUGCAACUCCACCUCAAUCAACCUCGCCGUCGAGCAUAGAUUCCUAUUCGUCAUUCUCGAGCACCAGCAGUACCUCCAGCGACAAGGAGAAUAGAGACAUGCCUUUGAACCUCACACACAUCCCCAUUGCUGAGGCACCCGUCAGUUAUGAACAGGACAUUCGUUACUAUCUCUAUUCCCGUGGAGAUAGAUAUCCACCGGCUUCAGGUGUGGAAUUGCUUGCUGCGGCUGCAAGCGCACGCGAACGCGUCCAGGAAGUCUCCUCGAACUCCAAUGACGAAGCACCUGAAUCCCUCGCAGUGUUGAAUCUUAUCUCACGUGGAUCCCAGGAUGUCGUCGCUGCGAUGCGCCAAUGCCCGUCUUAUUUCGGCGUUCCAACUUUAUCCUACGAAGGAGUUCAACCACUGAACGCUGGGGAUGACAUCCGACGUCGCGUGGAGGCUGCUCUUGCCGGAGCGGAACCCAUGCUGACUCCUCCGAGCAGUAAUCCUGUCUCACCAGCACCUUCGGUCACACCUGACCCUGAACUGUCACUACCGCCUAGGAAACGCUCGAAGAUGAUUCUGAAGUCGAUGGAAACCGAGGAGGAGGAACGGCGUAAUACUCCAUCGCCGAAGGAUCUUUCGCCGGUGCGUUACUCGUCGGUCAUUCAGUACGCACGAGCGUCGUAGUAAAACUGACAAUCCUUCGAGAAUCAUUGGCAAUAUAGGCAACCAAACUAAGCAGAGAAAACUCGUACUGAUAUGAAAAGACUAAUACGUACUAAAAGGGUGAGCGCGUUCUGUCAAAAAUAAAAAUUGCUGAAAACAUCAAGCGAAUUACUUAAAACCGCAUAUUUUGCGAAGCGCUUGAUGUUGUCAACGCACUCGCCCGCAUUAUUAUUAAUAAUUUAAUUUACAAUUAGCGUGGAUUAGCCACAAAGUCGAAAACGUAGCGAAUCUGUGUGUGAUCGUGUGUAAAUGAAGAAAACAAACACCAAAUUCUAUGAAAUUGUGUGAAUUUGAAUGAAUGCGUUUUAUAUACAUAUGCAAUUUAGUCUGAACGAAAGAGUUAUGCGUAGAGUACGAGUGAAUUGUAUGCAUAUUAUUAUUCGCCUAGUUGUGUAAAAUUUUUGUUUCUGUGAUAAGACAUGACGAUUACCUCAUUGCAGUGCCUAGGGCGAAACUAAAACCAGCCGGUUUUAACUUAAAAUCAGCCCGAGCAAUACAAAAAAAAGAAAGAAAGUUUAAAACCUAAAAAAAAGAAAACUAUGUAAUAUUGUAGGUAUCUACUAAAAUAACCCGAAUGAAUGUUACAAAUACGCAUAUAGAAGAUUUAAGCGCACUGUCAUCGUUGUACUAGCAUCUAUUACGUUACUUCGUAGGUAAUUUAAGCGAAAGAAACACGUUACAUUAAGCAAAUGAAUACAUUAACAACAUUUUCACGUUGUAUAUAGCUCAUCGUUCAUAUUUACCCACCUAGCAAAUAACACAAGUGUCAUUGUAAAACUCUCAUACCUCAUGCGACUCAUGGAAUACAUAAAUGCAUUAAUAUUAUUACCUAGAGAUAGCUAAGCAACGUGCAAAACAAUGAAACCAUAACUAUAACACUAAACACUAAAUUAAUUAUUAUAAUUAUUAUUGUAUCGUAUGUUGUUUUAUCUUUCUGUUUGUUUAUAUACUAUGGAUAUCCCUUUAUAUAUGAUUAUUAUUAUAAAAAUGAUGCACAUGAUGAAUUCUGUUGCAACAAAAUGAUGAAAAAAUAUCAAACUAUCAAAUUGAAAUUGAUUGAUUGACUGAAUAUAAUAAAAUAAAAUUAUUAAAGUAAAAAAA